GAUUUUUUCAUUCUGAUUUAUAAAACAUGUAGUAAUGUUAACAUACCCAAAUGGCUAUUAUUAUAUAUUUAUAUUCUAUAUCCGUGGUAAAUACUAAAAUGAUACUAUAAUUAGUAUCGUCCGAUUCGGUCUAUUUAUACAGUGUUACAUCCCUGGUUAUAUGUUAAUAAUAACAAUAUUAUCCGUUAUGUAAUCACGACUGAUCUAAUCUUAGAUCGUAUAUUAUAAAUCAAGAUCCAAGGGUCCAAUAAACUAGUGUUUAUAAGACGUGGGUACACGAAUUAAAUAUUUAAUUUCAGCUAGAAUAGUAAGAAUAGUACAAUAAUAUUACAAUAUUAAAUAUUCCCUUGAAAGGGGAAAGUGGAAACCAAUCGUUAUGACGUCUUGUUCAACACUUUGUCGAACAGACACACCUGAUUAACCGUGUGGUGACUGGUGAGAGCAUGCGACUGUUCCUCCGUCUUGAUAUCAUUGUAAUGUAAUGUUUUACUAAUACUCUAAAGUACUCUUUGUGUUUGUGUAUUUGUGUGUUUCAUAUUUGCCCAGUCGUGAAGACUGAAGACAGCGAAGACGCGUCAGACGUCAGUUGUCAUUAUUCGAUUGUUCACGAGUUCAUCCGACACCUGCGGGCACGUGCUUAGUUCGUUUGGAUGUUAUUACAGCUUUCAUUUUCUCAAUGAAUUAGUUGUUGGGAAGCUUUGUCAUUUGCGGUGUUGAUUAGCGUCCAAGUUCUUCCAAUCCAUCGACAUGGAAACCGUUUAUCCCAAUAACGAUGAAAUACAAUUCCGCCAACAACAUUUUGGAGUUGUUGAAGACAUUUUGAACAGUAAAGUUGAAUGUGCAAUUUGUAACCAUGAUCUCUUAAAUUAUAUUAUUUUGAAAAAAAUAAUAAUGGUUCAUCAAAGUUAUCUAUUCCUGUGUUGCCAUAACUGUUUCUACAAGUUGUGUGAAGUCAAUAACUAUAGUUGUAUCUUGUGUGCAUCAAACAUAGAUCAAUCUGUUUGUGUAAAAUGCAAUCUUAAUAUUUGUAAACGGUGUAUUGAAAACUACAAAAUAGAAACACUGUGUGAUGGUACUUUAUAUAACUGCUUUGCUUGUGUACCACAAAUGUUAUGGAAACAAAGAGCUCAAGCUGCUAAUGUAUUAAAAGUUUUUUGUUCUCAGUUAUGUAUGCCAAGUGGCUUAUUAGUAAAUGAACCAGAACAUGAACAAGCGGUUCGAAAAUACUUAAUAAAAGAAGCUAAAGUUGGGCAAAAUUCCUUAAUAGAUAGUAUUAGGAAUAACUUGUGUGUUGAUUUCGUUUUAAAAUCAUAUAAGUCAUUCAUAAUAAAUGAAUUAUCAGAGUUUUCAUUUGAUAAUGCUAGUCCUCUUGAUGAAAAUUUAAAUGGAUUUUCUAAUAUUUUUGAGAGUAUUUUAGAGAAAACCUGUUCUACUUUAACCAAUUUUAAGAGCAUAUUUAAUAUGAGCUCACAUUUAAGUCGCAGUGUAUCUGAUAUGAUGAAAUCCUUAUGCAUUGAUAAAGAUGAACAUAUUAUGCCAAUAAGUUAUUCAAGAAUAAAUGAAAACUUAGAUGAAGUAAUGAAAAACAAUUCGAGCAAUCUAUCAUUAAAUAAGUCAAACAUAUGUACUACAAGAAUUUUAAGAUCACAAAAUAAAUACAAAACAGAUAUUGAAUUUUUAAACUCAAAUGUUUCUUUUUCUUCAAGCUUGCCACCAAAGCCCAAAGUCAUAGAUAAGAAAUUAAUCGUUACAAAAAAACAGUUAAACAAAUCAAAUACAUCAAGUGUGAAUAAUGACAAGUCCUCUAAUGAAGUUAAUAUUGAUUUAGUAAAAGAUAAACUAGUUGAUCCUGAACAUUUAUUUAAAGAUAAUGAUAGUAAUGAUCGAAUAGAGAAUACAAAAAAAUUGAGCAUUCAAAAUGUAUUAAAGAUAAAUAAGACAAAAAACCAAGCUAAAAACUCAAUAAAAAAUAAAAAAGUACCCAAUGAAGGAUCUGAUGAAAAAGAAAACGAUAGUCUGAUGUAUUUAAAUGAUGUUGAAAACUGUUCCAAAAAAAAAAUCAGAGCUGAUGAAGUUAAUACUAAUAAUACUGAUAUCAUCCAAACUAACAAUACAAGUUUUAAAGUAUCUCCAAAAAAGGAAGUUCAUAAGUUGAAACAAAUAUGUCAAAUUGUAAAAAAAAAUAAUGAACUGGACUGCGAUGAUGUGAACAAUUCACAAAUAACUAAUCCUAUAAAGUGUGAUAUUGAUAGUUAUCGUGAAACUUGUGAAGAAACACAAUCAGAUUUAAAUAAUGUGGAUACUAUUCAUGGGUUUGGUGAAUUAGAAAAUGAAGAAAUUGUUGAAAUGUGCGUAUCAUCUGUUGAACAUAAUAAUAAAAACCUUGUAACUUGUUCAAAACAAUUAUCUCCACUUACUAUGCCAUUAGUUAUUAAUGAUGAUAAUGAUUCUGAUUUUGAAGUUUUUAAAAAUAGAGGAACAAAAAGAAUGUUGAUAAUGUCUGACUCGCCUAAUGAUUCGGAUUCAUCAAUCAUAAAAACUAAAAACCCAAAAAUCAAAAACCAAAUGAUUAAACAAAGCAUAUUUGAUUUAUCGACAAGCAGCAGCAGUUCUGAUGAAAGUUCAACUUCUAAAAUAGUUAAUAAACGUAGAAGAAUUAGGCGACUGUCUAAUGAGAGAUCUGAUGAAAAUUCUGAUAAUAAUAAAACAUCCCAUGAUCAUGUUACACCAAUAAAAGGACGAAAAAAUAUUCGUAGAUUGUUAACACAAAAAGAACUCAGUGAAUCAACCCAAAAUGCCAUAAAAGAAGAAGAAUUAAGGAAGAAACGCAUUCAAGAACGUCAACAACUAUAUAAUAACAUUUAUGACGUACCAACAUCCUUGGAAACAGAAACAUGUAAAAAGUUAGUACUAGAUUUUGAUGUUAAAACAAAUGAGGAACUUGUUGCAGUUCAUCCAGAUCUUGUGAAGUUUCUCAAACCACAUCAGGUGAAAGGAAUUACAUUUUUGUGGAAUUCUGUAUUUGAAUCAUUAUCAAGAAUAAAAGAACAUAAAGGAAAUGGAUCAAUCUUAGCCCAUUGUAUGGGUUUAGGUAAAACGUUACAAAUAAUAGCUUUGGUUCAUACAUUAUUUAGGUAUCCAGAAACUGGUAUUAAAACUGUAUUAAUUAUUACUCCUAACGCAACGAUUGAAAAUUGGUGUAAGGAAUUUCAUAAAUGGUUGCAUGGUAUUGAUGAAAAAAAAAAUUUUUUUGUACUUAACUUAGCCGAAUCAAAAACAUAUGAAAGUCGAAAAAAUAUUAUAGUUGAAUGGCGUAGAGAACAUGGCGUUUUAAUUACAAGCUAUGAGUUGUAUAGAUCCGUUGUUAAUUACAAGUACAUUGACAAGUUUCCUUCAAUCUUAGAAGGACUUGUUGAUCCAGGACCAGAUUUGAUCAUAUGUGAUGAAGGGCAUGUAUUAAAAAAUCAUCUUACAACAGUAUCAAAAUCAGUUAAUCGUAUUAAAACACUUCGAAGAAUUGUGUUGACUGGAACACCAUUGCAAAAUAAUUUGAAAGAAUAUCAUUGUAUGGUUGAUUUUAUACGACCAAAUUUAUUAGGAUCAAUAAAAGAUUUUACUAACCGUUUUAUAAAUCCAAUUACUAAUGGGCAAUACUCUGAUUCAACUCCACUAGAUGUAGAACUGAUGAAGGGAAGAUCACAUGUAUUGCAUAAAAUGCUUGAAGGAUUUGUACAGAGAUUUGAUUAUAGUGUUCUUACACCAUAUUUACCCCCUAAACACGAAUAUGUAAUUUAUUUGAAGUUAUCUCCUAAACAAAUAGAAUUAUAUCAGACAUAUUUAGAUUCUUACAGACAACCAGAUUUAUUUACUAAUUACAACAUGCUACAAAUAGUUUGGACCCAUCCUAAACUUUUAGCUAUAUAUGCUGACCGGACAGAAUCAAAGAGAGAAAAACAAAAACUUAAAGACAUUAGUUAUAUUGAUUCUUUUUCAAAUUCUGUUGAGGGAGUUGAAAAUAGGCACAUACCAGUCUCAAUUCUUAACUCAUCAAUCACCAAGAAACCAAAUACAUAUCUUAAGUGGUGGAAACCAUAUGUAUCAAAAUCUGAUUUGGAAUCGGUGUACCCGUAUUCAAAGUUUAUAAUGAUGUUUUCAAUACUUCUGGAAUGUGAAAAAAUUGGUGAUAAAGUGCUAUUAUUCAGUCAGUCAUUAUUUACUCUUGAUCUCAUCCAAGAUUUUUUGGAAAAUGCUGAAGAUAAGGCUAACGAUAAAGGGGGUCCUUAUGGUAAAUCUUGGGAUCACGGUGCAGAUUUUUAUAGAAUUGAUGGUUCAGUAAAUUUGAAAGAGAGAGAAGAUUAUUGUGAACAAUUUAAUGAUGUCAAUAAUCCUAGAAUGCGUCUUUUAUUGUUAUCGACAAAAGCUUUUAAUUUAGGUAUUAAUCUAGUUGGUGCUAAUCGAGUUAUUAUUUUUGACAUGACAUGGAAUCCAUCUUUAAAUGUUCAAAGUAUAUUCCGUGUGUUUAGAUUUGGACAGACUAAACCAUGUUAUAUUUAUAGAUUCAUUUCUGAGGGUACAAUGGAGCAAAAAAUAUAUGAACGUCAAAUAUCUAAGUUAUCGAUGGCUUUUCGUGUAGUCGAUGAACAUCAAAUUGAUCGUCAUUUUAAUGCAAAAUGUCAGGAAGAACUUUAUGAAUUUGAACCAAAUAUUACCAAACCAAAAUCAACAUUAAAUUUACCCAAGGAUCGUUUGAUGGCUGAAUUGAUAUUGAGGCAUGAAGACCUUGUAAUGAAUAUACUAGAACAUGACUCAUUACUACAAAAUAAUGAGGCAGAAGAAUUAGAUGAGAAUGGCCGAAAUGCUGCAUGGGAAAAUUAUAAAAAAGAAAAUGAUUCCGCUAAUGUUUCGAUUAAACAAUCAAUAUUACCAAUAUUACCAAUAUUUUGUGAAUCUGAAAGUGACUAGGAAAUAAGAUUUUCUCAAACCUUUAUACGCCAAAACUUGCUGAUAAAUUUACUAAGGUGAAGAUUGCACACAAUUUUGAACAAUUAAGUAUGGUAUAAAUAUAUAUUAUAGUAUAUUUAUUUUUUUAUACCAUUAAAUUAACUCAUUAUACAUAUUAAUACAACAAUAUUAGAAUAUACAUAUUAUUUGUGAUUUUUAUUAUAGAUAUGUAUAUUUAACUAUUUUCUUUACAAAUCAGACUGUUAUUGUAAGUACCAAUAUUUAAUCUUUAAUUCUUAAAAAAAUAAAGCUAACAUAAGAUUUUGUAUGUAUAAGAUCAUUCCUUUUACUAAUUAUUUUUUAAUUAGAAAUAUUUGUUUUUAUAUUGUGUUUUUAAUGAUUUAUGGAUCUACAGUAAUUUUUAUAAGGAAAGUACCUUGAAAUAAAGUAAACUAUUUAUACCUAUAAAUAAUGUUUAAUGAUUUUUUUUUUUAACAAAAGAUCUUCAGAAUAUUAUUAAGCAUCAAGUUUUUUAAAUUGUAUGUGUUUUAUUGAAUUAUUAAAAAUAUAAAAUAAAUUGUCUUUUAAGGGUACAUUAUACAUGCAGUAUUGUAUCCAUUUUACAAACUUACCACAAAUCAAGUUUGCAUUCAGUAAUAUCAAUUUUGUAUUGUUAGGUUUAAUUAUAAUGUCAAUGGAGUUAGUAUAAAACUUGAAGGUUUGAAUGUUGGUUUUACUUUUUUUUUUUUUUAAACCAUAAUUAUUAGGUAAAAUAUGAAAAUAUUGCUAUUUAAAUUUGUUUGGAAUACAAUUAAAACAGCACAAAAAACAAACACACUAACACAGUAAUAUUCUUGUCUAAGUGUGAUAAAAGGUGUCAAUUGACACCUUGGAAAACUUAUAUUAGGUUCUAUUUUAUUUUUAUAUAAUUAAUUAACAGCGAUUGACUUAUUUUAGAAUAACUCAAAUUUGUCAAGGUUACUUAAAUCCCUACUUAAAAUAUAAACUUAAAAAUAUUUUAUAAUGGUAUAGUAGUUAUAAAAAUGAUAAGUCUACUGAUAGUUUGAUAGUUAUCAUGGUUCAUGCUUAAAAAAUAGUUUGCAUUAGAAAAAAAACCUUAAUAAUCCAUACCUGAUUGCAAAAUUAGGAACAAACUAUAAGGGUCCAAAUAGUUGACCGAAUUUUGUCGGCCUGCAAAAUCCAUUUUGUUUCCCUUAAACACUUGCUCCAAAGAUAUUUUGUUCCAUAACAAAUUGUAAACAUUGGAAAUUACCAUGUUUAUGAUCAUUAUUAGGGAAUAAAGAUUAAAAUACUAGAGCAAGCUAUUGUUUUUUGUAACAAAUAAUUGUCAAAUGAAUAUGAUAUUUCAGUUUCUUUUUUGAAUAAUUAUGAGGGAAUUUCUAAUAGCAAAACUAAGAGACAAAUCAAAUUUAAAACGAUGUUUUAUUGUGUUUAAAUU